GACUCGCUAACGGGACAUGGGAUCAGCUCAAAUCCUCCGCACUUGUUCGACUCUGCCUCCGCCCUGCGCUUCUCACCGACGCAGACCACUGAUGCCAACGAAAUAACUGAUCAACUUAGCACAUUUAAGCGUAAACCAAAGCUAUUAGAUUCACACAAUUACAAAGGAAAAUGUUUCGAAUGCGGGAACCGUUUGAGAGCGAGAAGCUCCAACUGCAGGAGCUCAACCAAAGACUCGGCCAGUACCUAAUGCGCUCAAAACAGCUGGAACAAGAAAAUACCAGCUUGAUAAGCGAAAUUAAUUCAAUCCGAACAAACAGGUCUGGAGAAUGGGGAAACAAACACAUGUCCGAGCUACGGGAAAUGAGGAGACUGGUGGAGCGUUUAUCUUUCGAGAAAUGCAGAGCAGAGAUGGAGCGACAGAAGCUGCGCAAUGAACUUCAGACGCUUCAAGCGAUGCGUUCAGAGGAGGCUUCGGUGAGCAAAGGCGUCGACACGGAGCUGAAAGGCUGCGAGAGGCACCUCCAUAAUGCGUUUAAGACCAACAGUGCUUUGGAAGAUCGCCUCAUUGAGCUUGAAAACGAAUAUAAGUUUUUGGAAGAUGCCCAUAGAAAGGAAAUCGCCCACCUGAGGGACCAGGUGCACUCCCGAACUGUACGCGUCGUGACUCAAACGUAUCACGCACCUCCAGCAGUUACGAUGGAAGAGGUGCAGGAGUAUGCGGCCAACUUCACUGAAAGCUGGCAGGGGACUUUGGACAUGUACCGCCUGAAGGUAGAGGAAAUCGAAGCGUCUAUAAAAGCAGACCAAGCGAGGCUGGACGACAUUCAGAGGGAAAAGAGGGAAUAUGCAUCACAGUUCAAGAGGCUGCGUGACGAGAUUGAGAAACAAACCAACGUGCAGUUGAACCUCGAGGAGCAGCUCAUGAACAUGCAAGAACAUUUCAGAGCUGAAAUCUGCAAGUAUCAGGCUAUCAUUGAAGAACUGGAGUAUGAGCGCAGAAUGCUGUCUAACACCAUCUCAGAGAAGCUGAAGGACCAUCAGGAUCUCUUACAGGUCAAGAUGGGCCUUGCACUGGAAGUGGCUGCAUACAGGGCACUCUUGGAAGAAGAAGGAAGACAUGCUCAAACUUGGUCUACUCAGCAUUCAAGAGAAAGAAUAAUAGAUAUAAAAAUGCCGGCCCAUCCUUACACUCCAAGAGUGUCCGUCAAUUCGGCAAGUCGACCAGAUAUAAGAAAAAAAGCCUUUACAGAUGUUAAAUAUAUGGAACCAACUUCCAGCCUGAGAACCUCAUCUACAUCAAGUCAGUUUCAUUCUUACGAACCCUCCAGGAUCGUGCCUAUCAGUGUAUCAAAUCGUGCCCAGCAAAGUCCGGCUUCAAGAAGGGACAUGAUUUCCUUCACCAAAGCAGUGCAGGCAGCUGCUUCCAGUACCCCAAAACCUGGAGUCUCUUCUGUUGAGAUAAAAAGAGAGGAGACAGAUCAGAGAAUUAUGAGAAAAGAGAUUUCACAGCCCUCUUCAAAGGGCUCACUUGAUCAUACCCACUCUAGAAUCAAAAGUGCACAGAGCUCUACUGCCUCAAAAAUAGAGAAACCAAAGCCAGUGAAAGUGAUAUCACCUCCUGCGAGUUUGAGCAAGACCACCACUGAAGAAAAAAGCCAGAAAGAUGUUGAACCAAAAGCAAAGGGAAUGGAUGCCAAACAAGAUAAAGAAAAAUCCAAGGUAACAAUGGAAGAAGAAAUAAGGGAUGUGAAAGAAUCAAUAGCUAAAGAUGAGAAAGAGUCUGAAAAUGUAGGGCAUAAGGUGUUUGUAGGUGAGGAAAAAGUUUUAGAUGCAGUUUCUAUGAAGGAAAUCAUUCAGCAGGUCAUGAAUCCAGCUGGUUUAGAUACUAAGGUCAGCUCAUCCCCUGACUCAAAAGUCACAUAUCAUGUGGAGAAAACGGAGCAAGAGGAUGGAACCACCAAGACUCAGAUUUUCUUACAAUCUAAAGUCGAGGAGGAAGUGGACCUGUCUGAAGAUUCUGCCUUGGAGGAACUUCUCAGCAUGGGAGUCAAGAAAGUCACCCUGGAGAACAUCAAAGGAACACCAACAGGAACCAUGAUCGAGAACCUGCUGAGUCUUGGCCUGCAAGGUGAGAAUUUGGAAAAUAGGUUAGUGAAUGUGGAAAUAAUCGAGGAACCGGUGGAGUCUGAUGAGGAAGGUGAAAUUGAAAUAGAGGAGACUGUGGAGAUUAAGUCUAAACAACCAAAUAUUGAUCCCUCAUCAAUGUUCUUCCAAAUUGAGGAGCUAGAGAGUAACCCUAAGACCAUGAAACCCAAUGAGAGUGGUUCUGCUGAAGCCUCACAAUAUGGAAACAGUGGCUCUGUACAGGUUCGUGAAGUUACCAGAGAUGAAAGCUUACCCUACUUCUCGCAUGGCCAAGACUCACAAGAGUACUUCGUCUCCACUCCUGAAGACAAUAUGUCAGAGUCUGAGGAGGGUGGGAGGUUUAUGUCUUAUAGCCAUUAUGGAGUCGUCGAUGAUCUGUCUGAUGAAAGAUAUUACCAGGAAGACGACCCCAAACAUCCCACUGCUGAAGGUCACAGUUACAGAGAAUCACCUGAAUACGAAUACUCGUUUUUCAGCGACAAUAUCCAAGACUGCAUAAUUGAAGAGGAGGUGCAUGUCUCUCCCACACUGCAACAGUCCAUAGUGGGAAUCCUGAGGAAGGACUCACUAGACCCUGAACAGCAGCUUAGAGGAGCAUUAGAGCAAAUCCAAGACACUGUAUCUGGAGCCCUCAAGGAAGAGCUUGCCUUUUUUACGAAAGGUAGGGAGACUCCAGAAAAUGUCUCUGUGGACAUUAAAAAGGUAGAACAAGUUACAGACAAUGGAACCAUGACCAUUGUGGCAGAGCUUAAUGUUUCCCAGACAUUGGAGGAGUCUGGGUUGCUGGAAGGAGAAGGAGAUGAUCUAUCUGAAGAGCAGAUAAUGGCAGCACUAGGCUCAUCCCACCCAAAGCUUCAGCAGGCUAUCGGCGGAGGAGCUGGUGUAGGAUACACCAUGAAAAUUUCCCAAGAGGAGUUUCAAAUGGAGGGAAUGCCUUGGAUGACCGGCGACGAAGAGAUCCAACAAUGGAGCUCAACCGAUGAGGCUGGCAAGACAGAAAAACACAUCAAGCUGGGCCCUAGUGAGAAAUCCUUCACUUUUCAGAUGGACGUGAACAACAGCUCUUCUGCAUCAGCAAGCGGAGGAGCUGUCGAAGUACAAAGAGGUGGCGGUGCUACGGAGUUCCCACAAACCCAGAUGAUUGACCCCCACUUGAAGGUCUGUCAUGAGAAAAGAAUCGCAACUGUUUAUCUCGAAAGCCCUAAGGAGUGAUAUCAUAAUGAAAUAACAUUGAAAUUACACAAAAUAUCAUGUCAAUCACAUAAUUAGUUAUGAAUUGGACAAAUGAAAUAAGGCAUUGUAAACCAUAAUCCAAAAUCCAUGGUCCAUCAUGACUAUGCACUACUGUUCAAAAGUUUGGGGUCAGGAACAUUAAAAUUAUUCUGAAAUGAUGCAUCAAA